AUGAAAUUGAGACUUAAUAAUAUACUAUUGCUCGCUACUUGCAGCAUUGUUAUAGCUAGUACUACUUUGACAAACACUACUGUGGAGGAUAAAAAUAAAAAACUGGCAAGUUUAUCUUCAGGACGUCAAACUGUUCAACCCAGAAUUUUACCAUUCAUUGUUCCAAUAUUUGCGGCUAUAUUGGGUGGUAUAUCAGGUGGUGCAACCCUUGCUGGAGUAAACCAUGUACUUAAUAAACCACGAUCUGUCAAGAAACAUGCAAGCAAUGAAAAGAACAAAUUUGUGUCUCCUGAGGCUUUUCCCUCUAAAAACGCCCAUGUAAUUCAUGAGAAAAAUAAGAAAAAGGAAAUUUCUGCCGAUAAAAAUCCUCAUGCAAUUAACAAUAAGAAGAUUAACAACAAGGUGUCUACUGAUUCUAAGAAAAAGACGUCUUCUCUGAAGGAGAGAAUGUUUUCGCCACCGGAAACGACAGAAUGGGCAGAAAAAGCUGUGCCAGUAGAAGAAAAGGCAAUAGAAGAACAGCCACCAGAAGAACCGCCAGUAGAAAGAUAUCCAGAAGAAUAUUCAGAAGAAUAUCCAGAAGAAUAUCCAGAAGAAUAUCCAGAAGAAUAUCCACAAGAAUAUCCAGAAGAAUAUCCACAAGAAUAUCCAGAAGAAUAUCCAGAAGAAUAUCCAGAAGAACAUCCAGAAGAAUAUCCAGAAGAAUCAUGAUAUAUUACAUUUCCGAAUCGCAUUAUAAGCUUCUGUAAAUUUUAUUUUUGUUGUUACAGGGAUUAGGUAUAAAU